ACAUGGCUUCACUCUCCUCUUAAUGAAACCAUCACCGCUCAGCGGUCCAAUCUCCCUGUUCUGUGGUUCGUUUCAGGUCUGGAUCAGAACCACGGUGGGGAGUACGCCGCCUACAGGACUGUGAUUGAGACUUUCAUCGCAGCUCUCAGGUCCUGUGACAUCACUCCCUACGUGGUUCUGGAUGGAGGUUCUGAUGUCACAGACAAAAAGUUGGAAACGGUAACAAAGCGGCGCGAGGACCGGAUCCGGAAAGCUCAUGAAGCAGCGGUCAGCGGUACAACGAUGCACAUCCUCCCCCGAAUGGCCCAGGUGGUCUUCAUACAGACGCUGGCCCGGCUGCAGGUUCCGCUGGCCCAGUGUUUUGCAGAAGCUGACCAGGAGAUAGCAGCGCUGGCAUCAGAAUGGUGCUGCCCGGUUCUGUCCAACGACAGCGACUUCUUCGUCUUCGACCUGCCGGCGGGGUUUCUGCCCAUCAGCCACUUCCUCUGGCGGGAGGUGAGGCAGAGCGGCUCUCAGAGCUCCAUCUGCUGCAGGAGGUACUGCACCUCCAGCUUCUGCAGCUUCUUCGGACUCCGGCGCCAGCUCCUGCCAACCUUCGCCGCCUUGGCGGGUAACGACUACGUGAAGCUGAGAGGGAUCGACUGGACUCGGUUCGUCCACGCCGGUACCGGCACAGAGGCCUGCAGCCGCCUGGAGGGGCUGCUCUGCUGGCUGAAGGGGCUCCAGGAGUCCCGGGAGCCCCUGGAGGUCCUGGAGGAAGCACUGGGCCUGAUGGGGGACCUGAGCGGGGACAAGCAGGAGCUCCUCCAGAACCUGCGUCUGGGGAUGGAGGAGUACCAGCUGGGUCGGAGCGCUCUGAGCCGCUUCUUCCUUCAUGGAGCGCCGCCUGAGUUCCCAGCACUGGAGCAGGUGACGAACUCCGUAUUUCUGUUCAAGAUACUUUUUUGAUCCUAGCAAGGAAAUUAGUUUGUCCAGAAGCUGAAACAUAAUAAAAAUACACAUAAAAUAAAAACUAAAUAUGUUAGAAAUGACCAGAUGUGAAAUCCAGUGCGAUCAGCCAGACGCUGAGUGAAGGGCGGGCGGCUCCAGGGUGGGACGCUCAUUCCGGGUCCAGACUCCGAUGACCGAAUCGGCCCUGCUGUCCAGUCGCUUCUGCCACCCAAGCAGACAACAGAACUCAUCACUUUCAGCACAGACCUGACUUUACAGCAUGUAGACCGACUCACAGCACACUGUGAGCUGGCAAAGAAAGCAUGUCAUGAAGUUGAGCAGUUGAGGUGGUGAGGAAUAAACGCAACAGGCCCAGGGUGACGUCAUAAUGGAGGCAGGAAAACAAAAUCCAGAAUUCACAGGCAGCACAGGGAACCAGCGGGCCAGGCUGCAGACGGACAGCUACACAA